AUGGCGGGCGAAUGAUCACAUGGAAAUGGAAGGUGAUCCUUUUCCGUCCUUUAACCAUCCAUUUUAUCCCGAUGGUGGGCACCAGCAAACUUUUAUUGACUACGGAAGUGUAUCAACACUUAACAUCGAUAUUGAUAAUGAUGGACGUGUAGUGACGACCUCUAAGCAUCGACACUAUGAUAAAGAAAGUGAUGGUACUCGUCUUGUUGAAGCUCAUCUUACUCUUCCUCUUUUUGCACCUUGUAAAAAUGUAUUCACCGACAAGGUCUUUCCCGAGCAGCGUUGUCGUAUUCAUAACUCAAACUUUAAACAGAGCCUUCUGGAACAGACUAGUGAUUUCUACAAAAAUCAUCCAGAUAUUGCUUUUCAAUCUAGUGUUGAGUUCGUUGGAGAAGAACUACAUUGCAAGCCUUGGGAUCCAAAAUGUUUCUAUUAUUCGAAAACAAUACAAAUGGUUCACAUGACGAAAAGACAGCACUUAAACCCGAACAAUUUUCUGGACAGAUUCUGUGAUUUAUUCGUCACUUUUCCUCUUAGUAAAGAUUUGGGUCUGAUGCUGGACAAAAGGUAUGCUUUGCCCAGGGGGCUUUGCGAAGCAUUCCAUGAUAUUCCACCACAACUACUCUUUGACCUUUUAAAUGAGAGCGUAGAACAACGGAAAAAUGAAAAGUUAUAUUUUGAUAUUUUACAAGGGAAUACUUUAGCCUAUUGUAAUAUGCCUGAUAGUGAAUCAGGACAAGAUAUAGUUCUGUUUUACCCUAGUGGGCCAUGUUUAGAAGUGUUAAAUUCAAGUAUAGUAAGGCUUAAAGAUACUGGAACUUUAUCAGAUAAAUCAAGAAAACUAUACAGAAAGCCUGCUUUAUUAACUUGUAGUAAAAAUGAGGAUGGUAAAGGAACAAUACGACAGAUAUCUGCAGUAUCUUAUGAACAUGGCAACACUUUUGUGGCAACAAGAAGCCAAUAUGGUUGCACAUUCUUCAGUGCAACCAUUUCUACCACAAAGGACAGUCCUGAGAUCACUUUAAAGGCCAUAGACAAUCUAGUCAAAGAAGAUCAAGCUAUGAGCUUAGCUCUAAGUCCCUAUAUCCCAGGUGAAGGUGUUGUUGCCAUGGAAACUGGACAGGUCUAUAUUUGGCACCUUGGUAAGCAAGUCGAAACAAGAGAUGUUCCAAUGGUGGCUCCAAAGGAAAAUUGGCCUUGGUACCAAUGUGUAUAUGCUUCUCAUCCAAGAUGUAUAUUGAUUGCUAAUUCAGUAGAGGCUGAUAUUAUGGACUUAAGGGCAAGUGGCUCCUUCUCAAGAAACCUAUUUUCAGUGACUUCCAAACAAGUAAGCACACUGGAACGGAUAUCAGCAAUUCAACGAAAUCCUGAAAAUACUCACCACUAUGUCAUAGCAACAGACCAGUCACUUCUGAUCAUGGAUGAUAGGUUCAUACAACACCCAGUCCUAAAAUGGCGGCACCACCUCCAAGACCCAGUACAGUAUAUUGAAGUUAUAAAUAGUGCAGUACCAAGAGACACGGUUAUCACAGUUUCAGGGUCGCAGCAUCAUGAGACUCAUUGUUUUCAGUAUAACUGGGGAGAAUGUGAUGUCAGGUAUACCUUUCCAUAUGGUGGGGAAAAUCUGGUGAAUCCUCCAGUGUCAACAGUGCUACCCUGGAAGGUAUCUUCUUAUGAUGAAUGGCCAUCACAUGUUCCUACGUCAAUUCUCCCAAUCUCUUCACUUUUAGAUGAUCGUUUAUCUCAACCACUCAUUGGUGUUUGUUGCAUACCAUUGAGCUCCAAAGAAGACAGGAAAGGAUUUACAGCCUUUCAAAUGUCUUCAGCUGGUGACCUAUUUUAUCAGCCAUUUAUUCAAAAUGACAAAGGCAAAGGCAGAAUCUAUCGAUAUGAUCCAAGUACUAGUAAAGAUUCCAAGAAUGUAAGAUUUUCAGAUGCAGAUAUUACCUUUUUAAAGAGCUGGAUUGACGAACUUGUGGCAAUGGCCAAUGAAAAUGAUGAAUACAAUGAAUGGCCAUUGAGGUCCAACAUGUUGGAGACAGAUUGUGAAGAUUUGUUUAGGAAGAUGAUGUAUCUUGAGCUACCACAUCAGUCAUGUUUUCUUUGCAAUCCUUCUACAGCCAAUAGUUAUGCCACUGUACAAGAAGAACAAGACAAUGAUGAAGAGUGUGUAUGUCCUCGCUGUGAAAUUGAUGUCAAGAAUGGAAGGCAGGUGAAGAAAUGUCAAACACUGAACAUUCAAUGCAGGGAAAAAAUUAAAUCAGAAGUUCAAUGUGUAGAUCUAAAUUUUGUAAAUAACGCUGACAGUUAUAAAGACCCUUUGAGCCAAAAUUUAUUUCAAAACUGGUUUUCUGACACACAUGUACCCUUGAAUCUGGGAAGUACAGAUAAGAUAGAUAAAGAAAAAGAAGUGCCUACCAUCGCCUCUAAUGUUAAUGUCAAAAAUGAAAACAAGAAUGAAAAGCAAGCUACUAAAGAAACCAGUACAGGAGAAAGUUCGCAGUUGAACAAUGAAGUAUUAGCACAAAAAAUAUUUGAAUCAGUUGAAGAACAAAGUUUCGAUUUACCAAUGAAGGAAUUAUCAGAACCUUCAACUGUGACACCACUUAAAUGUUCAGAGCCAAUUCAGAGUCCUUUGAAAGUGGGAAAUGUUUCACCUCGCAAGCAAGUUAAAAGAAUUAAAAGACUUAAUCAGUCCAUGGGCUUUUGAAGUACAGGAAAUUUCAAAACAGGAUUUUAUGAUAAGCCAUUUUUAAAUUAGUACUAACGGUUGUGUUCCUUGGUAACAGACUCAUUUAUUUAGAGUCAACCUUAUUUCAGAGUCAGAAUAGUCACAAAUACUGACUGUAAAGUAAAGAAACUGUUAUGUCUUGAAAGGAACACUCAUUCAGAAUAGGUUUUUACAAGAAGACAAACUGUCCCUCAAAGUUCAUCAAAGCAAACGUGUCUGACAUCACAGAUAAAGUCCCGUAUGUGACAACCAGAAGUGUCUGUUCCUAGGCAGGUUCUAGUCUAAUAAUAAUAAUAAUAAAUUACAUUUAUAAAGCGCAGAUUAGCACAAGAUGUUCAUCUGCGCUGAAUACAGAAACAAUACACAAUAACUAGAAACA